CACUCACAACACACUCAACACAUCUGAGACACUCCUACUAGAGACAUCAUCUCCCUUGGACCUUCGACGAUUUGUGGAUGCCUGAAUGCAUCUGCAGAGCGCCUCCUUAACUCCAAGACAGGAGGGAAGAGAGGGGGACUUUCUGAUCGAGUUGGAUGUGGAACUGAUGAGAAAAGACACAUCGGCUUUGAUGCUGCAGUUAUGUAGUUUGGAAACUGUGUUGCUGGGAGGAAGUGAAUGAACAUUCCAAUCAGGUGGACAAAAAGAUGCUUUUCCUUGAGCGCCCGUGCAUGAUGAACCUGGAGCGCAGUGAACGAGGCGAGCGCCUGUCGCAUCGAGGCCCAGAGAUGGAGCCUCUUCCUGUGGUGCAGAAGGGCAAGGUGUCCAUGAGCUUCCAGAGGAGCUCCACCUCCGAUGACGACUCAGGUUGUGCAUUGGAAGAGUACGCGUGGGUGCCACCAGGACUUAGGCCUGAGCAGGUCCAGAUGUAUUUUUCCUGUCUGCCUGAGGACAAGGUGCCGUAUGUUAACAGCUCUGGUGAGAAACACAGAAUCCGGCAACUCCUCUACCAGCUGCCGCCUCACGACAAUGAGGUUCGUUACUGCCAAUCUCUAACAGAGGAGGAGAAGAAGGAGCUUCACAUGUUCAGCGCCCAACGGAAGAGAGAGGCACUCGGGAGGGGAACGCCCAAGAUCUUGCCCCGAGCUCUGCAACACACUCGCUGUGAAAAUUGCGAAGGUGGCAUCAAUGGAGGGGAGAUGGCAAUUUUUGCCUCCAGAGCUGGAUCGAGCCCCUGCUGGCACCCAGCAUGCUUUGUGUGCGCCACAUGUCAAGAGUUGCUUGUGGACCUGAUCUAUUUCUACCAAAAUGGCAAGAUCCUUUGUGGGAGACACCACGCUGAACUCCUUAAACCAAGAUGCUCUUCUUGUGACGAAAUCAUCUUAGCAGACGAGUGCACAGAGGCGGAAGGUCGUCACUGGCAUAUGAAGCACUUUGCCUGCUUUGAGUGUGAGAUAAUGUUAGGGGGGCAACGCUACAUCAUGAAAGAAGGCCGGCCCUUCUGCUGUGGCUGUUUCGAGUCACUGUACGCAGAGUACUGUGAGGCUUGUGGUGAAAACAUCGGAGUGGACCAUGCUCAAAUGACCUACGAAGGCGGACACUGGCAUGCCACAGAUGAGUGUUUCUCUUGUGCCCAGUGCAAGACCUCCUUGCUAGGCUGUCCCUUCCUCCCGAAGCAAGGUCGCAUUUACUGUUCAAAGGCCUGCAGCCAAGGAGAGGAUAUCCACACUUCUGACUCGUCCGACUCUGCCUUCCAGUCUGCUCGCUCUCGUGAAUCCCGGCGCAGCGUCCGCAUGGGGAAGAGCAGCAGACCUUCAGAGCAGUGGAGAGAGUCACAAGUCUUAAACCCCUCUACCACUGUGUCUGCAUGUGAAGUUGACGGUGAUGUGGAUAUUGUUGGGCAGAAGCUUUCCCAUCUUGGACUGGACGAGGAACGGUUCUGGCGGGAUCGUGAGGAGCAGGAUGCCGGGGGAGAGGAGGACCCAGAAGAAUGGGCCCAACAUGAGGACUAUAUGACUCAGCUUCUGCUAAAGUUUGGCGACCAAGAAAUGUUGCACCAGAUUCAGCAGCCAUCCCUAAAAUCUCCAAGUCCCAGUACUGAUCGAAACCAUCUUAUAAGCGUUUCUGACCCUUGGUUAAAGCCCGACACCCUGGGAAUCACUGCCUCUUCUCCUACCCCUACCAGUCCCACCCAGAGCCAGACUUCCAAUCCAUCCCGAGCCAACAACCUUAGCUCUGGACUCAUUAGCAAGAAGCAUCUUCCUGAAAUGUACUGGGCCCAGUCACAAGAUGGGCUAGGAGACUCAGCAUAUGGAAGUCAUCCAGGACCUGCCAGUGCUAGAAAGAUUCAAGAGCUAGAGUUGGACCAAGAUCAGGACCAAGGAAAACAUGCUCUGUGGCCAGACAAUAGGCAGUGGUACCAAGAUACACUGGAAUGUAUUGCUGAUGAGCUGAGGAAGGCUGGGCAAGGUGUUGGAGACUCUAUGGACUCUCUAGCGCUGUCAAACAUCACUGGUGCAUCAGUUGAUGGAGAUGGCAGGGAUAGGCCAACGGUGUACUCCCUGCAUGCAGUGCAGGAUCCUGUGGUGGGAGAUGGCUGUGAGAAAAUGAGCAACAUGGGGACCUUUAAUUCCUCUCAUCUUCAUCACAGUACAAACUCUCUCAACCUUAACAUGGAGAAAGGAGAACAGGAGAAAGAACAGGAGGUAAACCUAGCAACAAGGGGAGGACUUCGCUCUUUGUACUCUCAUUCCGAAGUACCACCUUCUCCCUUUGUCCAUGCACCCGCACUGAGGAGGACCAAGUCACAGUCCAGGCCUCCUCAGAUGGUCAAGUUCACAGAAGAUACUGUGGACAACGGAUACAAUGAUGGUUUUGAGGUCAAUAUUAGAAAGCAUCCCAUGAGUGAGAGGCCGCAGCGGAGGGCAUACGCCUCUGAUGAGGCGGGCAGGGACAGAAACCGCCCAUCUAGUCAUCAUGGGCGCAACAGACAGCAUCACCACCACAGUAGGCACCACAGGAGCCGCAAAACCCACUCGGACAUUGCUCUUAAUGUGAUGCCUCUAGAAAAGGCGCAGAGACCCUACCGACAGCACAGACAGAAUCUAGUCAACCCUCGACAUCCCUCUCCAAGACAGCCUCUGGCCUACUCUCAAACCAGGUCAGACUACAUGAUUCAGGGGCCAUCUCAAGGAGACCCUCGAGCUGAGCAUUUCAUGGGUCUGUACAAAGAUGAGGAUGAGUGGUGUUCCACUUGCUCGUCAUCAUCAUCGGAUUCUGAGGAAGAAGGAUACUUUCUGGGUCAACCUAUCCCCCAGCCUCGACCCACUGUGCGCUACUAUGCAGAGGACUACCCCAGGGUCACCGCCCUCUCCUCCCAAGUUCGUGGCUCAAAGUCAGGUCGCAGAAAGAGCCACCGCUCCAAAAACUGUAUCAUCUCCUGAAGCUCAGGCUGCAUUCAUACUAUAACAUGCACAAAACAAUAGUGUUUUAUUUUUUGAUUGUUUAAAAUGUUUUGUACAGGUUUAAAAAACUAUGUUCAGUUAUAAUUAGGCUUACACUUAUGUAAGAAAUUUUAAUGGUGGCAAUGACAAUAUAGAAUCUGUAAAUUGUAGUUAUAAAUGUGUGUAAAUUCAUUUCAAAUUGUGUUUUAAUGUGAUGCACGAGCUGCAAAAUGGCCUUUAUAAUUGUGUGCAGACAAAAAAAACCAUACAUUUGAGUGUUCUUAAAAAUGCUUAGGUUUUGCAGAUAUACAAGUACAUACAGCAUAUACGGUCACAGAGGUGGGUAAUAGUAGUAGACUGAAACUAACCAGAUAAUUAUUUAAUGCAUAAUAGUAAAAAUGACUGUAUAUACUAAGUUAAGAUUUUAAUAUUUUCUUAUAUUGGUGGUUUAAAUAAGUGUGAUUGAAGAAAAUACCAGCUGUAACUGUUAGCACACAAACCUUGUUCAUAGUGCAAGCAAGAAGGUGCCAUUUCUUAAGUGCCAGCGUCUAUUGCAACAAAAUAUGUAAAGCCUAUAUUCAGCCCAAAUAUUCACCAUGCCUGUUGUGUCAUAACCAGUUAUAUACCUAGUAUUGUAAAGACGCUUGGAAUAAAAUAUUUUUUUUGCGAAGCUGCAGAA